AGUCCCUAUCGAUUUUCCGACUCGAACAGAAUAACUACUUUAAUCAUUGGUACACACUUACAGCUAUUGUUGAGUGUUUAAUAGUCAACCACAAAUUCUGUGUGGUUAGACGAUAGACCAUGCAAUCGCCAUUUACCGAAAAGUUCAUUUCUGAGGAAGAAGUCGAGGCCUCGUCGACGGCCAGCAAAGGGAGAAACAACCACCAUGUGGUCCCGCUGGGAAUCCUCAUGGUACUUUGCACAAUGUAUCUCGUGGUUGCUGGGGCGCAACGCAAUUACAGAUACUAUUUCGAGCCCGGCGUCGCUGCCCUCGACCUACACGCCCCCGAUGUUUCUCCCGAUGAAGGCUACCCGCAGCUGGAAGCUAUUGAGGAUGAGCCAGUAAACAACCUGACAUGCGAGAAACUGGAUAUCUUCCAAAAAGAACCCGCACAAGAAAAUGACAGCAAUCUUUCUAGCAAACAAAUGGCAAAGCCAUAUCAGUCCAAGGCUGGCAAGCGAACAAGAAAUGGAGCAACUGGAGUCGGGGCGAGCAAGCGCCUCCGAGGUGGUAAAGCUGUGGAGAGCAACAGGAAGAAACAGGAAGCCCCAAAGAAGAGCAACACCGCAGAGCCCAUAAUAUAUCUCUUUGCCCUGGUAUUUAUUUAUCUGCUGCUAAAAGCAGCAUCCGACAUCAAUCAGCACUACAAAUCGCAAAACAAAGGGGACAAACGCUUGCGCCGUUGUUCGUUGCAGUCCUAUGCCCAAAUACACAAACAGGAUCGGAGGGCCUCAAAAGUACUCGAAGAGGCGGCGAUUUUCCGACGCAGCCACAUACUAUUGGGAGAGGUGCGGUCCGUGUCGGUCGAUCGCUAUAAGUACACACUGAACGAGGAGGGAUACCACACCGUGUGCACCCCAAAGACACUCGAUCAUCAGCACAGGGCCACAUCACCGUUAGCUUACAGACCGGCAGGAGAUCCUGCAGCACGCUCGGAAACGCGCCUCAAUCGCCGCUCAUCCGUCCCCAUCAGCAUAGACUAUCAAACAGUUCAUGUAUCAAAUAGCAGUCCAUACUCUUCCGAAUUGGCCAGACGCGGCUCUGUUAUUAGCCUCACGGGUCCUAAUCCGCCAAAUGUAGAUCCAAAUGCUGUGCCCAGUGGAUCGCUUGACUUGAAACGUCGCGUCCGUAUGAUAAAUCGUCAUUAACUAUCGCGUCCACCCAUGAAUGCUUCAGCAACGAUCCACAAGACAAUCGAAUCUAUUGAAAGAGAUUA